AGUACCUGCGGUAGACCACGUGGGUUGGAACCCGGACGAGCGCAAAAGGGCUAUACUAUAGGCCCUGCUCAAGAAAGGAAAAAAAGAAAAAAUAUUCCUUUUCCGUAUCAAUUUUCUUAUCCCUUUUCCGCUCUGUCGUUUUCUCUCUCUACCAUGCCACUCCCCUUAUCCAAAGCCAUCCUCUUCCUCCACUCUUCAAAACCAAAAUCCCCAAUUCCAAUGGCGAAUCUCUCAUCCAAUUCCAAUUUUGCGGCUCCAAAUCCUCCGUCCAAAGCUCGCCUCAGAGGCGUCGUCUUCGACAUGGACGGAACUCUAACCGUUCCGACCAUCGAUUUCCCGGCGAUGUACAGAGCGGUGCUCGGCGACGAAGAGUACUUUAGGAUCAAGGCCAAGAAUCCCUCUGGAAUCGAUAUCUUGCACCAAAUCGAGAAUUGGAGCCCCGAGAAGCAGCGAAAGGCGAUCGAAACCAUCGCCGAUUUCGAGCGCCAGGGACUCGAUCGCCUCCAGAUCAUGCCAGGUGCCGCGGAACUUUGCAGUUUUCUCGAUUCUAAAGGCAUAAGAUUUAAACUUUUGGAUAAACAAGUCAACAACGUGCAAGGGUUAAUCACGCGCAAUGUUAAGGCUGCAGUGGACUUGUUUCAUGAACGUUUUGGGAUAAGAUUUUCUCCAGCUCUAAGCAGGGAAUUUCGUCCUUUCAAGCCAGACCCAGCUCCGCUUCUACAUAUAUGUUCAGCCUGGGAUGUUCAGCCUAGUGAAGUGAUGAUGGUUGGUGACAGUCUUAAAGAUGAUGUAAAAUGUGGUAAGCAAGCAGGAGCAUUUGCAUGCUUGCUUGAUGAAGAUGGAAGGUACGAUUCUCCAAAAUAUGCCAAUGUGGAACACAAACCAGAUUUCAAAGUGUCUUCCCUUGCUGAAGUUCACACACUAUUGGAUACAUGUUUUCAUCUGGCACCUUGAUCUCCAAUGUCAUUGCAACAAAAUUUUUAAAGGAAGCAUUUUAUGGAAGAACCAUGUGGAAGUACUUGUUGGAUGGUUUAUCCCCUGUUUCCUAUAAACGUUUUGCUCAUCAGCAGAUGCUUAUGAGGCAUUGAGGUACAACUAGUGUCUUUUGUCUUUUUGGUGGGACUAGUCAUGGAUGGUGCCCUAGUAAUCAAACAUAUCAGUCGAUGCGUUCACGCUUUUGGGUUGAGUCAUGUUGUUGUACUUGUAUAUGUAGAUGCAUCUUUUUUUACAUGGUCUUGUGUAGGGCUAUGUUGUCACACUUCUAUGAAAACAAAGCCCACCACGGGGAAGAAAAUUCUUUGAAAA